AUGUCUUAUCAAGCGGUUACCAGCCGUGUUUCUGAAGAGGAACAGGAUUUGUAUGAAAUUAAAAACGCGGCCGAGUUUUAUCGGGUCAACCGAGUCCCGGAGCAGAUAGAGGGAGCUCUGAACGAACUCUUCCUCCACAAGCCCAGAGACGUUCACGGCUACCUGGCAAAUUACUUUGCAAACCUCGCUGCACCACCAAGGAUAAACAGACUGAGGGGAAGGGAGGUUUAUGACACAAGAGGACAACUAUCAAUUGAGGUGGAGGUCUUCUGCAUCGUCAGCAACAAGGAAAAGAGCAUUUCCUCAGCUGCUGUCUCCAGCCUCUUUGGGUCUAAAGAGUCUUCACUGGACUGGAGAGCUCAAAGUCAGGAGAGGGCUGACCAUGUGAUGACUGCUGUCCAGUGGAUCAAUGAACCUCUAAACAACAUGUUGAAGGACCAAAACCCCUGUGACCAAUCAGAAGUUGACCACGCUCUCAGUAAUUUCUUCAUGGCCCGGUACCUGGAGGAGAAAGACAUCCGCAACAGGGAGGAGGAGGAGAGUCAUUCACCAAACGAGUCUGAGGCGGUUCUUCCUUCUGCACCGUCAGCACAGGCUAAAGACAAAAGGACUGUUGAUAAAGGUAAAAAGAGCAAUACUUCAGAGAAACCGUUUCCUCCAGCAGAGCCACCAGAGCCAGUUCUGCCUGGGAGCUUAGCCAUCGGCUCAGUGUCUGUGGCUGUUGCCAGAACUGGGGCACAGUUACAGGGCCUCCCUCUCUAUGGAUACAUAGCAGCGCUAAAGAACGGAGAGACUCCAACACAGUUUUACAUCCCUGUCUCCUUGGUGACUUUGCUGAGCUGUGGGAAGACAUCUGCUGGAAAACUGAGUUUGCUGGAGGAAAUCAUUCUGAUCCCCAAAGCAGGACAACGAGUCAAACAAAUCAUCACAAUGACCCUUGAAUUACAGAAGGAGAUGAUGAGAAUAAUGAACACUUCAACAAAAGCCACUCAGGCAACUCUGCAUGACAGUGGUGCGCCAGCUGUGAGCUACGAGAGACCCGAGCAGCCUCUGGAUCUCAUCGCUGAAGCCUGCAUUAACCUUGGACUGGCACUGGGAACAGAGAUCCAUUUAGCAUUAAACUGUGACGCUCAUGAGCUUAUGGACUUUUCUAAAGGAAAGUAUGAAGUUGCAACAGGAGUUUUGAAGUCUCCGGAUGAAUUAGUGGACAUGUACCAAACACUUGUCAGCAAAUACCCAGCUGUGGUGGCUUUAAUCAAUCCAUUAAGGAGAGAGGACAUAGUCCAGUGGGAGAAGCUGAGCAAUGUUAUUGGAGACUCGUGUUCACUGCUCUUUGACGUCACUUACAAGGCAAAGGCCCUGCCCCAUCUGGGCGUCAGAGGUCACAUCUUAAAACACACUGAUGAGAUGACAGUCAGUGAUUUGGUCCGCAUCACUUCAGAGCACCAAGGUUCAGUGUUGCUGGGUACAACAUACAGUGAGCCCUGCAGUAGUGACUCUUUUUCAGAUAUAGCUGUGGGUCUGGGGCUGGACUAUGUCAAACUGGGAGGUCUGAGUGGUGCUGAGAGGAUGACUAAAUACAACCGGCUGAUUUCUAUAGAGGAAGAACUGGCCCAACAAGGAAUCCUGGUCUCCAAGGAGAAGCACCCCCCUCCACUGUUCAAUGAAAACCUACAAAAGCAGUCCACUACUGCAGAGAGACAUCUGUCAGACAAGGCCUGAAGGAAUACAGCUCUCAGCUUCUGUUUCUGUCAGGAAAAUAUGACUGAUUUAAAUACUAUGUAUAUAUUUUAUUUUCAUACUUCAAUUCUGCUGUUGUCACUUACUUGCAGGUCAGGAUUUCACUUAUAAAACCUACUGAGUUGAUUAUAAACAUUAUAAAAUGCAAUAAGCUAGUGUUAUUGUGGUAAAAAAAAAAAUCAAUAUGAAGCUAUUGAGAGACAGGCUGAGUGGCUAAACACGACCUUCAAUAAAGCAGUUUUUAAAAGCCAAACAUCUCGUCACCCCUUCAGGUGUAUACAAGCCAUACCAGGCACUGUACACAAACACAGGUCUGCUUUCAAAUCACAGUCAACCAUCUCCAUAAAAAUAUCCAAAUAUAGCAGCACUCAUGAGCCAUAACACAACACAUGAGCCCUCAGCCUUCACUACAGUGGAGACAGUACAGAUCCACUGGUGGAGGUCUUCAUUUUAUGUGAUUAAUGUAUGUACCUUUCUUUUUUUUUUCUAAACAGACAUUUUCGAACAGUUUUAAAUUUGUAUUAUUGUCAAAACACAGAAUACAUUCACCCACUUGUAUAUUUUAAACAUUUAAUUAGCUUCAUGUGUGUCACUUACAAAAAUCAAACAAAACCUGCAUCAGGUUCCCAAUAUCUUUUACUCAUGACUCUAUGUAGUAAUCAGUUCUGUUUUAUUUGAAUAAUAGCCGAGGUAAAAUUGUUCACUUCAAAUCACAAGAAAAAGAGUUUUUAAAAACAUGCUGUGUUUACCUUUAGGGGGUCCAGACCCCACUAAUCUAGAUAAACCACGAUACAUGAAAACACACCACUGAAUUUCAGAUGAAUGACAUUAAUUUUAUAUUCACAACUCUAAGAUCAGGGCCACGCAGCAUACUCAUACUGUCAAACAAAUAAAUGAAUAAA